GAGGCGACUCCAAGACCGAGACCUUCGUGCCCACCGCCAGAGCACGGCGAUGCUGCGCCCGGCACCAUGAGCCUCUCCAACUCCAGGGGCAGCGUCACUGUCAACGGGGCGGCCUAUCGCGGGCGCGCUCCCGGCCCCGGCCCCGCGGGUCAUGCCCGCGGACAGCAGCAGACCGAUGAGGAUGACGGUGUCCUGCAAAUGGUGAACAAACUGCUUGAAGAGGACAACCUAUGUGGAUCCAACUAUGGAAAUUUUGAUACCCUUCCAACCAAUGAAAAAAAUAAUGGCACCUGGUGGCCAGAUCAGAACCAUGAUGGAUACAGUAAGACGAAGUACCAUGAUGUUGAAAUGUCACCUCGGGGUAGUCAUGGAAAUAAUUCAUAUGACUUUACAAAUGGAGGAUACGACUCUAAGACUAAAUAUCAUAAUGUUGAAGCAUCACCUCGAGGUAGUCAGGGAAAUCAUUCUUAUGAUUUUGGGAAUGGGGGACUAAACUGUAAGACUAAGUACCUUAAUGUUGAAGCAUCACCUCAAGAAAAUAAAUCCUAUAAUAUUAGCAAUCUGGACAGAUUUGGCAAUAAUUUUGGACGAAUGUCGAGUCCUAGAACUUCAUUAAUGCAGCAACAAAUGUCAGAUGAGUUGCUCCAACAGUCCCCGCCUCAGUGUUAUUCCUACUCUCAUGGAUUUGAUGCUACUCCUGGCUUGAAUACCAAUGAUUUAUUGACUGAUAAUAGCUGCCAGCACAACCCACACAACUCUCCUGGUUCGAACGGGAAACUUUUAUCUGAUGAAUUGGAAGAUUAUCUCAAUUCAAUCACCAGUACUCCAGAAUGCAGUGAAUCUCUAUCAGCUUUUGGGAGUGGAUAUGAUUUGAACCUCAAUCUUGGAUUUGACACGGACUUCAGCAAUGAGAAUAAUAUGCAUCCAUAUCUGCCUUCAUCUUCUCAAAAUCGUUUGGAAGGUCUUUAUAGCCAAGCACCUGUGGGCAGACCUAUUAGACAAGCCCCACACAUGAGCUCUAGCAAAAAAGAAGAGGAUUUCUGUAUGGGGGAUGGUACCAAGCAUAAUCACCGAUCAUGCCUUAACUAUAACAACAAUUGCAGUCACAUUGCAAAUAAUAAUACUAUGAGUAGCAACUAUGGCAAUGGAAUCAGCAGCAACAGGAAUCAUUUUAGGAACCCUUCCCCUUUCAAUUAUCGUCCUUCCCAUCACAAUCCACUUCCUGUUCCUAUGUCGCCUAUGCCAUUUCCACCUGUGGUGCCCCCUCCAUUUGAAUUCCUUUCAUACCCCGACAUUUUCCACAGAAGAAAUCCAGUUCCAUUUUUGCCACCAUAUUAUGACAAUGCAGCAGCCCAAGCUGCUCUAUUGGCAGGUGUUCCAUCUGUUGGGGGCAGUGGCUUCCGAAUGAGUAGGAGAUCAGGGCCAUCCAAUGAGCUGCAUGCUCGUCUUGAAGAAUCCUACAACCAGUUUAAAAGUCUGGAAAAGGAAAGGAAGAAGACGGAAGCAGACUUGGCCCGCCACAAUCCAGGCAAGAAGGUGUCUUCUGCCAACAAUAUUCCUGUGCCAAGAUUGCCUCUUACCCCAUCCAGAGUUGACAGAUUGAUUGUAGACCAGUACCGUGAACAUGGGAGGGUUAUCACGUUGGUUGCCAAAAUGGAACGUCUUCGAGGAGCCCCAGUCCACCCACGCAUUCGCCUUUCUAUGGAAAAUUGGUUGGAAGCCAUUAAAAAGGUGCAGACCAGAAGGAGAGAGGAGUUGAUAAAUUCCAGCAGUAGGCACCCAAUGUUUUUUAUGGCAGAUGAUAAAGAUACAUUAGCUUUAGCUAGCAGUCUUCGGGACCUCACAAGUAGCUCACGCCAGGCUAGAACAGGGAUGUGGUGCGCUCUUCAAGUGACACUCCUUCACAAGGAUGGUGUCAAUGUGGAAUCAGAUACUGAGCCGGAUACUGAUGAAAAUGAAACAGAAACAGAGUUUGACCCAGAGUUUGAUUUUGACCCACCAGCACAAGAUUUACCUUCUUCUAUGGAGGAUCUGGAUGGAAAACAACUCAAUGAAAGUGAGUUGUGCGAUUCUUAGUUGAUGGUUUUAAUGCCUAUUGCACAUCAAUGACAAACCAACCAACUAAUAUCAGGAAGUAUUUGUAUUUUAUUAUGUUUUCACAACUUUCAUUUUAUUUGCUAGACCUUGUAAAGGCUUAUUUAUUCUCGAUAUCAAAUUCAGAAUGGUGUGAGGCACCAUCCACAUUUUGUGAAAAUGUUUAACUUUAUCACUUUUUAAUAUUUGAUUUGAUUCUUAAUAUCUUAUUUCUUUAAAUUUGGCUCCUUAUUCAGGCUGAAGGAUGCUAUCAUUUUUGAUUUCAUAUGAUUCGGUUUUUCUGCUAUGAAGUUGUGAAUGAAGUAUUUAAGCUUGUUAUCACAUUUUGUGUGUCCAAAUGUAUUUUUCUUAAGCUUGCGAUGUGCUUUUAAGCUUGGCAACUUAUUUUCUCAAACCUAACAAGUUUUUAAAUUUUUUUCCCCUUUUGGAAACCAAUGGAUUUUGUUGUUUUUUGUGCAUGAAGUCCUAGCUGAAGAUAUAUUUGAUUAAAAUAUCAUUUGUUAACUCUGAUUUACUGUGGGAUUUCUGAUGUCUACAUUGUCAUUUGAUUGCAAGUUAUAUGCCUCAACUCAAGUUCCUAAGACUGUCUGACCCUCCAAGUGCCAUUACCAUAUUUUGGUCAGUAGUAGUGGAUAUUUUGUGUUUCUAUUUUAGUCCUAAUAGUAAUUUUAAUGGAAUUAUUUUUCUUUCUUUAAAUUUUGUCACUUUAUUUGCUGUCUUUGUUAAUUGAAUUUUUGAAAGGCAGUGUUUUUUUGGUUUUCAUGCUGCUGUGGCUAGUCUAAGCAUAACAUUGUGUUUGAAGUACUGUGGUCCAGGUCGCUAUGCCUUCUGAGCCAUUUCCUUUGAAAACCCGUGUAAGUUUAGAUGUUUAACUAGUUGAAAAUAAUUGAUCUGGCUGGAUAUUCGCGGCUGUGUGUUAACUGUUUUUGUUAAUAUGUGAUUUAGUCAUGUGUCACAGUAGAUUUGUUUGUCUGAUUUUAAUGCAAAGACUUGUAGCUAUUUUAUGUAUUUAAAUAAUUUGAUGUAACACUUCAUGAAAGAAGGACUAUCUUUCAGUGUUAUCUUGUAUUGUUCUGGGGCAGGGCCUCGAUUUAAAGAUGUAAGUUGUUUACCUUAUUGUUGUUAGACAAACUGUGCUUACAAGAAUGUUAGGGCGCCAGUUUUUGAAUGGCCUAGUAGUAUGAUGCAGCCUGUAUGUAGCACUGUUACUGCCUCUAUCUUGAUGUGUUCUUAUUCAAACCUGCACUUUGUGAAAACUGCAAACAUUUGUAAUUAAUCAUACAUUCAACUGGUUUUCCUCGAUUGAUUACUCUAUUACUGUAAAUUUUCUGUGUCCUGAGAGACAUAAGUUGUUUCCUCCUUUGCACUGCCUCCUCUGCUUAUUAUGGCCUUAAACUUUCCCUUAGUUUGAUAUCGUGAUUUGAAUGUUUCUCUUCUAAAGUUACCUAAAAACAACAUGUCUUGAAGUGUCAACUUGUUGCCAUUUCCUCGUGCUUUGAGAACUACCUAGUAGCGAUGCUUAGUUGUUUUUUUAAGAGGGCUUUUCUGUGAUAAUUUAUAGACCUCUUUUCUUCAUAUUAAUCCUUAGUAGUUAGCUCCUGGAAAAUGCUCAAAAUUAGUAACUUGUCAGUGAGACUCCUAAUCUUUCGAAAUUUGUAAGACGAGUUCAUAAACCAUGUGCUAAUUGUACUGAAAAAUUGACCACUGUAUGUAUGCAAUGGCACUCACUGAUACAUAUCAAACUGCCUCUCUUUAAAUUAUUGUAAUUCUUAAGUGAUAUCAAUGAAUGACUUGUUUUAUCCCCUAUCUCUAAGACUGCAUUUACCAGUAGUUUACAGAUUUAAAAACAUUAGUCAAUUUUAAUUAAAGUAAAUUUGUUUCAGCUUUGUUUUAGACUUUUAUUACCCUGUAGUAUUUGAGACUUAUUUCAGUCAACAUGUUUUCACAUAUCUUCAAUUGCAACAUGCAGCAUAUGCCAGUUGAUGGGAUAGAGGUGUGUAAUUUUUAAAGCCUUAAUACAGCUUCUAUUGUGUAUAUCUGCUACUGUGAUAUUCCUGCUGGUUCCCAAGUGUUUUGUGCUCAUUUUGAGCUCCAUUCAAUUAGUGUCAUUGCAGCAUCUCAUUAAAUUUAUUCUAAAUUGGAUCACUCAUUGACACUUUGAAUUUGGAUUUCAGCAUGUCUAUAACUUGGUCCAAGCAGUGAAAUGCUCUCUUUGGCCUUAAAGUACUAUUUUCGAAAGGAAGCGAUCAAAUUUUUUGCAGGGUUGAAAGAACUUUCAAAAGGAAAUGGAAUGAGAGAUUUCAUUAUGCAUGUUUCGAUAGUGUUGUGGCUUUGAAGGAAAAGACAAACACAAGUGAUACGUUAGUUCUAAAUCUCCCAUGAAGGAAAGCUGUAUUCAGUUUUGAGUCAAGUAACCAGCAGGUUUGGUUCAUUCUGUACUUUCCCUAUCAGGAAGUACAACUUUCUCUUAUAUUUAUACAUUCUAAUAAUGAUUUAAAAAUGGAAGACGAGUUAAACACUUGUUAAUUUGAGGGUAAUUGGAGAACUAGGGUCCAAAUAUUCUCUAAUGAAAACUUUCUAGUCAGGUUUCAGUCAAACAAUUUUCAAAUUUCAUACCCAACUGGAGUAGAAGCAGUUCAAUCUGUUAGUCUGUGUUGCCGUGGAGAGCUUCUUAUGUAUUAAAGGAAUCCUUACUGUCAAGAAAUAAAUUUGUGCACUGAAUUGUGGGUUUUGGGUAGUGCUGAGGGCUUAAGUAGCACUGUCUCUUUUGUUUCCACACAUUUCUAUCUCAAAAAGUAACCACUAUAGAUUUUGAUUUGUGUCCCCAGCAUCCAUUUCUAUGUUCCUUUUAAGUGGCAUCUGUAUCACAUUUCUAAUAACAUGGCAUGCCAACAUGGCAUGUCGUGUUUUGAACUAUGUGGGGUCUCCUAAUGCUUUUGUGGUUAAUUUUGCUUCUCAUAAUAAUUUAUUGAUAUGUAGUCAUAUUACCGUGCAAGCUUGAAUGUGAUUAUACUGUUCCUUGUGAGAUGUUACUAAGCCAUACGCUAAUGAUCUUUAGCCUGUUAUGUGAGAACAGGGUCUAUUUCAUUUAUGGUUCUCUUUUUAUGGAAUAAAACUCUCUCAUAUACUGCUUUA